CGCGCUCUCGGGGUUGGGGGGAUGAGAGCGUGAACAAGCGUGACCCCGCCUCUUCGCUUCCUGCGCGAGCUGCGCCGCUUCACCCGUUCCGUUUUUUUUACCGCCUUCAAAACUCACGUGCGUCAUUAACGGCAGCACGAGGGAGCCCUGGUGAGUAGGAGCGCAUCAUCGUGUUGGAGAAGGACGAGGAUGUGGCGACUGCCUGGACCCGGUGACGCCGCACUGUCACCAUGGCAACCCAGUGCUUGUUUCUGACGUCUGACCUCUGACCUUUUGCUGAAGAUGGCGACCCAGAGGAGGCACCUGGUCAGGGACUUUAACCGCUACAUCACCUGCUCCGUGUGCCGGGGUUACUUGAUCAAACCCACCGCCGUCACCGAGUGCCUCCACACCUUCUGUAAGAGCUGCAUUGUCCAACACUUUGAGGAGAGUAAUGAGUGUCCUGAAUGCGGCAUUCAAGUCCAUGAAACCAAUCCUCUAGAGAUGCUGAGGUUGGAUAAAACACUGGAGGAAAUCAUCUUUAAGCUGGUGCCUGGACUGAGAGAGAAGGAGGAACAACAGGAAAUGGAUUUCUGGAGGAAAAGUAAAUCCAGAGCUAAUGGGGAAGAAGGUCCUAGGGCUAAAAGGGCUCGUGUGAGUGAGGAAGAGGAGGACAGAGAGGAAGGUGAGGGGGGUGAUUAUCACAGGAAUGACCCACAGAUCGCCAUCUGCCUCGACUGCCUGAGGAACAACGGCCAAUCAGGAGAGAGCACGGUAAAGGGUCUGAUGAAGAAGUUUAUCCGCUGCUCCACUCGUGUCACCGUCGGCACCAUUAAGAAGUUUCUCUGUGUGAAGUUGAAGCUACCGAGCUCUUAUGAGCUGGACGUUUUGUGUAACGGGGAGAUCAUGGGGAAAGACCACACCCUGGAAUUCAUCUACAGAACCCGCUGGAGACUGCAAGGCGUCACAGAGUAUCCCAUGGUCCUCGAGUAUCGUCCUCGCAUCGACUUCGGAUAAAACGCUGACCGAGAGAGAGAGAGAGAGAGAGAGAGAGAGAACUAAACAGAUCAGACUUUGCUUCUCUCUUUCAUCUUCCUCAUCAUUCACUCAUCACUUCCUGAGUGACAGGUCCUGGCUCCGCCCCCUGCAACAUAAAAAAGAACAUGAAGCACUUAAGAAAUGCACUUCUGUCAAGUUUAGGAAGAGUGUGUGUGUGUGUGUGUGUGUAUGUGUAUGUGUGUGUAUGUGUGUGUAUGUGUAUGUGUGUGUGUGUGUGUGUAUGUGUGUGUGUGUGUGUGUAUGUGUGUGUGUGUGUGUGUGUGUGUGAGACGUCUUCCAUUUUUUAUACUGGUGAAGACGAAGGAAAGACGGAAAGAAGUGUAAAUGGAACCGUAAAUAAACAAAUGUGCCUCUUUUGUACACACACACACACACACACACACACACACACACACACACACACACACA